AGACAAUGAUGGCCAUAGGUGUUAAAAUGUUCUUUUGAAAAAUAAAAAUCCAUCUAUUCCAUAAUAUUUUUUUAAAUAUAAAUCAGUUAAAUAUGGUUACAUAAGUUCAACAGUGAAUCAAAGAUAAUACAUAUAAUGGCUGUACAUCUCUACGGAAUAUAAACCUGGAAAACUAUCGCGAUGGCCGAUUUGCGAAAUCGCAGACGCGCUGUCGGCACAAACGGUGACGUAAUACGGGACGAAGAAAAAAAACCACAACCUGAAUUCGUUGCACGGGAAUCCAUGCUGACAGUCCUACUGGAAAACUCGAAACACAUCAGAGCGAUUUACCAUAUAUUCGUGGUCAUAUUGCUUGUGCUACUAUGUGACACGGUCAUAUUCGACUUCGUAGAGAGAGGAAAAAUAAAUAUCGGUUUAUCGGUGGUGCUUACUGGAUUUGGAGAUAUAAGGCGAUGUGCAAAACUAUGGCUGUACGAAUUUGCAGUUGCUCUAUUGGUUCAUCCCUGCUUGUUACUAUUCCAAGCAGGUGUUAAAUUACUAAAAGGAAAUUCAGCGCUAUGUCGAGUGUGGACAAUACUGGGCGUUGCCGGUUUGAUAUUACUACAGAUUGCCCUAAUCGCUGUACCCGUUUGGGAUUUAGGGAAGAAUUAUCUUGCACUUGCAUCGUCUGCGACAGUUUCUUUAGAAAUGUUCCGUUUUGCAAUGAAAAUCCAUGCUAUAGCGGUGGCGUGUGGCCCUCGUUGCUAUAGUGAUGAACCUCUGCCUUCGUUUAAACAUUAUGUUUACUUUUUAUUCGCACCCACUCUGCUCUACAGGGACCAAUAUCCAAGGACAAAGAAAAUUCGUUGGGGUUUCGUAUUGUACCAUUUCAUGGAAGUCGCCGCCAUUAUUUUUUACAACAGCUUUCUUUGGGAGCGCUUCAUUCUACCGUACUGGUCCGAUUAUGGGAAACAACCUAAGGUAGAAGCAGGCACUGUGGUGCGUGGUAUGUUUGCCUGCAUACUACCUGGUGUAAUCUCGUUCCUCGCUGGCUUCUAUAUGUUGCUGCAUGCCUGGCUUAACGCCGCUGCCGAGAUUCUCACGUUCAGUGACAGGUACUUUUAUGAGGACUGGUGGACGACGUCGCAGUUUUCCACAUACUAUCGAACGUGGAACAGAGUCGUGCACUCUUGGCUGCGGGACCACAUCUACAAACCACUAGCACCGACCGUCGGCCGCGUCCUAGCCAUUUCAAUUGUAUUCUUGGUCUCAUCAAUAGCGCACGAGAUCGUGUUGGCUCUAUCAUUUGGCUUCUUUUAUCCUGUGCUUCUGUUGAUGUUUGGCGUAUGUGGUUUGCUGAUGGUGCCGCUGACAGCCACGACCGGACACCGUUACCCCAACAUCCUAAACCUAUUGAUGUGGCUCUCUUUCUUCGUUGGCAAUGGUAUUCUGUGGAGUUUGUAUCCUAUGGAAUACUUCGCAAGGAAGAACUGCCCACCUUCAAAGAACGACAGCUUCUUCGUGCCCAAGUCUUGGUCUUGUCCCGAAAUCGUAUUGAAGCCAAAUUGGACAUUCCAUAAUCCUUUUGACAUAAUUUAUUAACUAAAAAGGACAAUGUUAUGAAUAAUGUUAUAGAAAAAUUAUUUACUGUGUAGAAUUUAUUAAUGUUUUUUAACUUGUAGUGGUGGCUACCUACUAACUUGAUAAAAUAAAAUAAUAUAAUUAUCUACGUAU